UGACAGCAGAGUUCAAGUUUAAUCCUUAACCUCUGCGAGCUCUGAGAGAACCUGAAUAAACUAAACCUUUAAGAAUAUCUUCCCCCCGGCAAACCCUCCAAAAAACGGAAAUAGUGAAGAGGCUCUUCAAAGAGGGACUCGAAGAUUUGUGGGAAAUGUUGUCUGGAUCGGUACUGACACAUCGCGCAGCCCUCUGGGAACGAAAGGUUACGUUUCUUCUGCGCAUGUGCAGCGGAAGCCAAGCUGCCUUGUUUCUCUCAGACUUAGUGAGAAGCCCUUCGAGUCCCGGGAAGUCAUUUGAGUCGCGUCACGGAAUGGAGGCUGCGCACGUGGGAUUGACCAGAAAUGUGCUGUUACAGGCAUCAGUGUCAUUCAAGGACGUGGCUGUGGAGUUCACCCAGGAGGAGUGGCAGCACCUGGGCCCUGCUCAGAGGACCCUGUACAGAGAUGUGAUGCUGGAGAACUGCAGCCACCUCGUCUCAGUGGGGUACUGCUUUACAAAACCAGAACUGAUCCUGGCAUUGGAACAAGAAGAGCCACGGUUAUUAGAAGGAUUUCUAAACAAGAGCUACACAGAUGGUGGUGGCUUGAGAAACACUAAGCUGAACAUCAUCACCAAAGGAAGGUGUACACUGGACUUGGUGGAGUGACAGAAAGAGCCUGACCUCUGAAAACUUAACAUACUGGGUCCCGAUUCCAUCAUUACAACUGUGCAGUCUUGGCCAUUUUGCUUAUACUUUCAGAACUUUAGUUAUUUUCUCUCUGAAUUUGAGAUAAUGUCUGUUUCUUAAGUUUGUUUUGAAAACAGUAAAAAACUUAUAUUUAUAAAAAUUGCUUGGGAAAUAGCUGUCCUAUAAAUAUUCAUUUUCCUCCUCUCUCCUUCCCCCAUUCAAAAGUUGCCAAGCCGGCUAGUUUUGUAUUUACCUUGGCUGCAAUUCAGCAAGUCACUUUCCAUCUUUGUGAUUGUUUUCCUUGCACCACUCUGAAGUCAGCUGGUCAACCGUGUGUUUGUGGAGAGCCUUUUUUGAGCGCCUGGAGGUCAGGGAUGCUAGAAAAUCUCAUGAUACAGUCCAGCCCUCAAAGUGUGUAUAGUCUAAAUCAUGAAACACAUUCAGACUCUACAAAUCUGUGAAUGAUCAGAGGCUAUGAGAUGGGAGAGAUUACAGGAGUGGUCAUAGGUCAUGAAAGGGGAGCAGGAUGUCAUCACAGGUGGGCUCAGAGCUUCAACCUGACAGAUGAGAUUUGAACAAAUGGGCAGGGUCAGGAAAGGCAUCUAGGCAGAGAGUGACAGGAGCAAAGGUCCAGAUGGGAUGGGGACAGGAGCAAAUUUGUGGGGACAGCAAAUAGGUUAUGAUAAAAGUUAUGCAAAAUCAAAUUGGGUAAGAGUUUUGGGAAAACACCAAAAGAAGACAAACUUCUACUAAAAUAUUUGAAUUUCCCUAUAAGUACAUUUUCCUGUGAUAAUCAAAAAUUUAAGAUAAGAAUAAGAGGCAAAAGGACAAAAAAAUUAAAAAACAAAAAUAAUAAAAAGAAUAAGAUAUUAGACGUCCUUCUGAUUUGUUUUAUACUUACACUGAUGAGGGCAAUAUUUCCUUGUAGAUUUCCUUUGACAAUUGUUGAUAACAUUGUCUGUGGAAAUGAUUUUACCUAAAACCUCUUUUCAGAGAGGUGUGAUUUUGAAGAGACUGUCAUGAUUACCCCCCUCCACUCACUGUGAUCAGCCUGCAAUCUGUCCUAAGGGAAGGAUGAAUUGGUGUGAAUACCCUUUGCCCAAAUCCUUCCAACUGCACUGACGUUUCAGGAGAGGAAAUACAGGAGGAGGGAGGAAAGAACAGGGAGUAAGCAAACAGAUAUGGGAGAAAGGGAAAUGAAAAUUAUUUUAUACAGGAUUGUAUGAAUGAGAGGAAGAAAUUGAAGUAGAGAAAGUGGCAAGCAUUCAUUUAAUAAAUAAAAUGUGACUAUUUUUAUAUGAAUAGCAAAGCCAAUAAAUACACACAAUUGAGCGCUGGUUCUUCUGCCACCCAGUGCUUUAGCAGCAAAUGUGCAUCCAGUGAUUCUUGCUGUCUAAGGAAUAUGGAGUUGCCUUUUUUCCAGAUUACAAGCUAAAGGGCUGACUGUAGAGAAAAUUUCCAAGUAAAUAGAGAUUUUUUUUCAAGACUCCCCAUCACUCUUUAUUUUUAAAUUCUCCCCUUAAUCCUGCUACCCAACCUCCAUACUCUUUAGUGCACUAACCAACCACUUUUUAGAACCCACUCAAGUUGUUGCCUUAGGUGACACAGUUUAAAUUUAUGCUUUAGGAAUUUGGGGAAGAUGGCAGUGGUGGUGGCAUAGUUUUUUAAUCUCCUUAAAUAUCUAUAAAUCUGAACAGAGCAACUAGAUAGCAAAACCAACAGCCAGUAGGCAACAUUCAUAAUAAAACACAGUGAUAGGAUAUCCCCACAAAGUCCAAAAUAACUAGUUGGGAGUGCAGAGAGACAAACCAACAGCUGUAAUUAUUAGCUCCUGUGCAGGAGGAAGCAGAGUGGUAUAAUAUGGCUUCUGAUGGACCUGAGAGCAAAAAGAGAAAACCCCGAAGUGUCACAAUGUGUUCACUGACAGGCCUAUUUGAGUGUGAAACUGAGUCUCAGAGGUAAGGUGUCCAGUGCAAUAGUAUAAGGGAGCCAUGGGGAGGUAUGAAGAGGUUGGAGGAACUGAUCCCUCAAGCAUUCCCAAACCUACCAGGACAGGGCACCACACUGAGAGGAAACUCCUGGGAGUGGAAUCCAAAUUGAGCAGAAUAGGGACAACAGAAAUGAAGGAAAGAGAAGGUCCAAAACAAAGUGGAGGAGGGGAUCUGAGUCAGGAGAUCCCACAGUGGGAAACAUCAUUAUUUUAACACUGCACAAAAACAACAGGAGACAGAGUUCUGUAAAGUAAUAGAAACGCCUCCUUUCCAAAUGUUCAUAAAAACUAAUUUCACAUUAAAAUAAACAAAAGAAAACUAUUGAGGCCAAUCCUAUGUAGAGUUAUUUUUAAAAACAGAUUGAGGAACAGAAUAACAUCUCUGUAGACAAUGAAAGCACACUGGAAAGACAUGCCUAUGAAACUGAUAAAAAUUGUAACCCCCUACUUACAAAACAAGAUUAAAUCUUUAAUAAAAUAACAGGACAUAAAACAGGACAUAGAACAACAAAAAUAAGAAUUAGAAAAAUUCAGAAAUGAUCUAACAGACUCACAAAAGAAUUAUAAAAAACCAUUACACAUAUGAAGUACAAAUGAGAAUGAACUGAACAAUGAAUUAACCCAAAACAUAAUUAUUUAAGAAUGGUGCAGUCACUAUGGGAAACUGUAAAAAAAACACCAAAAAAAAAAAAAAAAAAACCUGAAAAAUUUUUGGUUGUUCCUCAAAAA